AUGUUUUUAUUAAUUUUUAUUUCAUUUUCAUCUGUUUUUAAACUUUCAGCAGUCCAACAUGAACGCGGUCCUCGCCAAUCAACAAUGCGUAAACAAAUGCUUUUAAUGAAUGGUCUUCAACAACAAAGACAGCAACAAAGAAUACAUAACCAAAAUGAAAAUCAACAUAAUAAUGGCACUAAAAUGCCAGGCCAAAGAGGACGACUUUCGUUAAUUAGAAGUCAUUCUAGGGCGGCUAUAAAUCCCUCUUCUGUUCGUUUCUAAACUAAAAUCUUUAUCAUAUCCCACUCCUUUCUUCACUUAUCCCACUCUUUAGGAUACUUGAUCCCCUAAAAAUUGGAUAGCGUAAAGUUGGGAAUAUUUAAGAAUAUGGGAAUAAAAAUUAAGAACUCAGAGAUGACCAAUUCUGGAAUAAAUUGCCCGUGAUACGUCAAAGAGAAGGAUAAUUGGGAGAGGGAUAAGCUAAAGAUUUUUAAAUAUUUUAAUAGCUAUUUUAAACAUUCAUCUUUCAGCAGUCUCGUUCAACUAACAAUCCUCCUCUUCUACCACCUAGACCUCCAUUUCCCUUCCCACCACCACCUUUGGAAGCAUUAU